UAGUCGCCACCGCCGCCGACGCGUUCAGUAGCCCUCGUGGAUCCGACCCUGUCCGGUUGCCCGCCACUAUAUCGGUUUCUCACCGCGGUCUCCCGUAUUAUCUCUCCGUCGUCGAAACUUACAUCGCAUAAACUUACGCACCGAACUUCACGCGAGCUCGUGCGUGUCUUGCGAUCGGGUAGAAAAACACCCGUAGACGUUUUUUUUCUCUUUCGAUUUUUUUUUUUUUUUUUUUGUUGGAUUUUUGGUCUUUUCCUCUUGCAGAUAUUUUUCUGCUCGUCGUCGUCGAUCGUCGCGGAUAUACGGACAAAAACUAUUAUUUUCAUUGCCGUCGUCGAACAAACCAACGCGCAUUAACUAUAUUUACAUAACCACAUUAAUAACAAUAAUAAGAGGACGUUCUCUGUCAUCUAUCGUUUUCCGUACGGACGAUUAUUUUUAAUUUUCUCCUCCCGGUCCUUCGAUCCCCGUCACCCCGAAAACCGUUCGGAUCUCGAUCGUCGCGCGAUCGCCCGCUGCACCUGCAACACCGCGAUCAUGAAUAUGCUGUACCCAAACCUGCUGUUUUGGAUGUACGUGGUGUUGACGUUGGCCGAACCUCCUUACAUCAUUCCGUUUAAAGAAUUGGACAAUGCCGAUUUGUAUGUACCAGAUGAUCACAAGAUGCCCAAGUUCUUGAACAAGCCAAGCACAUACCAAGUCGUUACCAAAGAUACAAUUGUUUUACCAUGCGAAGUAUAUAAUCCAGACAACUUUGUGCUGGCUUGGAAAAAAGGAAUAGCAAUUUUGACUGCUGGUACCACCAAAGUAACCCCGGAAGAGCGUAUCCGGAUCGUCGAAGGAUACAACUUGGAGAUACGAAAUGUUCAAAUCAACGACGCUGGCAAUUACAUAUGCCAGAUCGGUACACUCGAACCAGUAGAAUUAAAACACACGUUGCAAAUACUCAUUCCACCAAGGAUCACUGGUAUAACAUCAAAUGGAAAAGUGAGCGCAAAAAAAGGGUCAGAUGUGACUCUUCAAUGCAAUUCAACAGGAAACCCACCACCAACCAUAACAUGGUCACGUAAAAACAAUAUGUUGCCAAAUGGUGAAAAGACAUUUGUCGGAAACUCGUACACAAUUGACUCUGUCCGAAGACAAGCGGAUGGAGUUUACAUCUGCACCGCCUCAAAUAAUAUCGGGACAACAGUGAACGAAGAAAUCGAUCUAAAUAUACUAUAUCCUCCGGAAGUUAAAGAAGAACAGUCUAUUGUAUUCACGGUGGAAGGACAAGAAACUGAAAUCGUCUGUAUAGUACACGCAGAGCCCAAAGCUGACGUUUUGUGGUAUAGAGACACGUUGCAGUUGGACAUGACCGAAUGGCGGAUUACCGACGUCAGAGGCAACCGAUACACUUUACGCUUGAGAAAAGUACAAAAGACCGAUUUUGGCAAUUAUUCAUGUGUGGCCGAUAAUGGACUUGGCAAAAGCAAACGAUCCAUCGAAGUGACUGGAAGACCAGACGUCGCGGUCAUCACCAGCUCGAAACAAAGCCGUUCGAAAAAUUCGUAUGAAAUGUUGUGGACAGUGAAAAGCUACAGCCCGAUUAUAGAAUACAAAUUGCUAUACCGUCCAGACAGGACAAACAAGAGCAACCAAGAAAUUCAGUAUAAACGUCCCAUGAGAAGAUGGAACGAUGAUUGGACAGAACUGUUGCUUAACCCUGCAUCCACCGACCAAUUGGAAAAGAGCCGAACUGAAACCAUCCGUGACUUGGACCCCGGCACCAAAUACGAAGCAACCGUUCAAUCCAGAAACCGCUACGGUUGGAGCGAAGUUUCCCAAUCUUUCUUCUUCACCACCAGCACAAAGAACGAAGCACACCCAGCCAAUUCAGUUCUUUCCGACCCAGAAUUUAGAGACAUGAGCAUCACCGCUAUUAACAAGGCUGCUCCUAAGACUAUCCAGACACCAUUGCUUUGCAUUAUGGCCAUGGUCACCUACUAUUUUGCUUAAAUUCCAAAUAAAAAGUACCAUUCGUCCCUACCUAUGCCCUCCAUAUGUUUUCACGGAUACCUUUGCACCUUCUUCACCGCUACCCAUCGUCGAAAUAUGGAUCACGCCGAAAAUCCUUCUUCACUAUAUCAUACCUACCGUCUACUUCAAGAUACUGCGCACCGUAUUAUUAAUACUUCACGUCGUUAUAGUAAUAAUAUGCGCCACUGGCAUGUUACUACUGGCCUUUUGAUAUUGUUUUCAAUUCUCAUGCACAUGACUUAUUAAAGGUUAAAAUAAUAACAAUUCUACCACCGCCAUUGUAAUUUACACGCCGCGUCUAUUACAUUCAAAAUACGACAUUUCGAUCAAAAGUAGUUUCGAGUAUCAUUCGGUUUCAAACGUUCCCUCUCCAGUAAUAAAUUUAUGCUUACCCGCCUAAAGUAACUAAUCAAACGUUGUUCAUCUAUUAUGAGUCGUUAGUUUAACAUGACUCUUUGCCGGUUGAUUACUAUCUUAGUAAGGCUUCCACGCCCGCGCGGUAACUUCAUUUAAAUAUUUGAUAGAUUUAAAAAUGGAACAAUACUUACUCUUAUUCUCAUUUACUCGACGUUUCUAAACCCUUGUGUUUACCUUUCCCCCUCCCCCAAGGUCCAUAUUAGAUUUGAUUUUUACUUGUUCAUAAUAUGAACUAUGGUACUAUUUUACCUAAAUCGCUUAAUUUUUUUUUUCAUUAUUUUUUUUAUUUUUUCCGUGAACAAAAUCCUGAGCCAAUAAAACUCAAAUCACGCUAAAGACUGUCUUCUUUAAAUCCUUCACUCGGUGUUGUACUAAAAUGUAUCUUUACAAUAACGAUCGAUACAACAAUGAUCAUCGUACACAAAUGAACAACGAUACAGUUUUCUACGAAUGCACUAUCAUGAGUUUAGUAGAUGUACGAUAAACUGUAGAGACCAGCAUUAAUACCGGGACGAUAAAAUGUCUAUGAAAAACCAUUCAAAAUAAAAUAGUGACAUAAUUUAUAUAAAUAUGUACAAGGAUCACUAGGCGCCUAUUUAUAAACUGUACUAGAAUCGAGCAUUUCAAAAUGGUUAUUACUACAGCCAUUAAAUAAUGAACAAUUUUAAUUUAUUUAUUAUAACGAUACAAUGUAUACUACGCCAUCAAUGACAAACAUUCAAUAUUAUACUUUUAAACGACGUUCCUGAAUAAUUUUGAAUAAGAAAAUUCCGGUAUGCUAAUUCUAUGAAACAAUAUUAUUUUAAUCGACCAAUGCUAAAUGAAUAGUUAAUACACAUAUUAUUAUAUUAAUCAGUAUUUACUUUUCGCAAAUAUGCAUACCUAUAGCCUAUAGGUAACACGUAGGUAUAUUAAUAGUUAGUCGUUCACUAAAAAUGAGUAUAAGUCAGAUUAGUGCUAUCUUCUACAUUAUCGACGGAUUGAUGAUGAUGAUAUAUUGUACACUAUUUGUAUAUUAUAAAGGUUGUACUUUUCAAAUCUAUGUUGUACCAACUAUCUGUGACGUUAACUUGUGCGUUUAGUUCAAAAAUCGUUCUCUUGUAGUAUUCUAUGUAAACCAAUGAACAUGGGGAUUUUUAAUGAAAUUCGACAUUCCGUAUGUAUGAUGAGUACUAUGUCGAUAGUAUUUCGACACUCAACACUUUAACAUCAGUUGAAACGAUAUAAUAAAUGACAAUGAGGACAUGAUAAAAGGAAUCCAAAACAAGAUAAUAUGAUUUAUUUAAUACUAUAUAUACUAUCUUAUAUUAUAAGUAUUUAAAUUGCACGAGUGAUAAUAAAAUAAGUAGGUUUAUAAAAUAGGUUUUAAUUUGUAUAUUGUAUACAACUCAGAUAUUACGUAAGAAAUAACCAAUUGGCCGUGUUAAACACUUUGUACUUCGAUUGAGUAAUAUUGUUUCAUCGUGAAUAUUAUCGAAAAACUUCAAGAAAAUUUUAGUUUUAUUCCCUGUGGAACUACUAUACUCGUCUUUAAUGACUUUACUUAACCCAAUAUUAAUUUCUAAUAAACUCAUCUUAAAACCGUAUCGUUAUUGAUUGUAUUUUCAUAAAUAAAAUGAUAUCUCAAAUUCACAAAUAAUAUAGUAAUAUUUAUUUUCCAUCGCAUUCACUGAUUAAAAAUAAAUAAAAUUAUGUUCAAUGUGAGUAAAACCAAGCGUUAUUAAAAUUACAGAUUUUCUUAUUAGGCGCUUAUGUGUAUAAUGUGCAUCAUCGUCAACGAAAUACGUAGGUUAUAUUGUAAUAACCAUUAAACCAUUGAAAACCAUUAUUUUUGCGAUUUAAAAAACUUUGAGAUCUUAGUAUUUUAUCCAAAAUGCAGAUCGCGAAUUUGUAUACACAAAGACAAACAAAACAUGUCUAAACAUGUCUUGUAUUUAUUACUACAUUUUAAAAACAUUGAACGAUUUAAAAUUAACAUAAGCAUAUUAAUUUAAGCCAUUAUACUAAUUUGAUGUUUAGUUAAAAUAUUAAGGUACCUUUUCAAUUGUGUGAACGCCAAAUAAAAUAUUAAACUCUUCUGACCCAUAACCGAUAAUUAGAGAGUAUGUAAAUGGAUAUACAUUUAGAACUUAAAAUUUUGUUUUAACUUAAUAUUUUAAGUCAUUAGGAGAUAAAGUAUUUUAUUAAUAGAUUUUUAUUAUUAUGCAUUUAAUUUUAAUGUCAAUAAAUUUUAAUUAGAGGUACAAAUUAACAAGAAAAGUCGCAUGUUUAUGUUUAUCAAUACAUUAUUAACAUACUUAAAUAUAUCGUAUGGUGUUAACAAUGAAAUUCCCAUUAAAACCUUAAAUAAAAUAUAAGUUUAUAAACAAAAUAUAAAUACCCAUUUAAAUUGUUAAAUUUUUCAACUGAACAAAAAAUAAAAAUGUCUAAUAAUCCAUAAUACUACAUAGAUAUAUAAAAAAUAAUAUGCUAAAAAAUGUAUCUCUUGCCAUAGCAUUUUAAUCAAUAUUGCAAAAAUGUAUUAAAAAAAAGAAAUCAUUUUUAAAUGAAUAAUAAAUUGUAAAAUUGUAAAAUGCUUAAAAUAUCGAUUUGAACAAUAGAACACGAUCUCCAUAAACCUCUGAUUAAUAUAAUAUAAACUGCGACUUUUAUAAAUAUUAUAAUUUAUAAUACUAGUUUAUAAGUGAUUUAUAUUUAAGCUUUAGAAUGAAAAAAUAAAAAUUUGAUUAUUUGUACCAACAUAAUUUAUUAGUCAUAUUAUUAUGAUGUAAGUCAUUUUUUUCUGUCAUACUAUUUUAAAUGUUAAAAAAUUUAUUAAACUAUUUGUGAAAUUUCAUGUUAUGUGUUUAAAGUUAGACAACGUUAUCGUUUGUAUUCUUAACAACUGUAUUUUGUAGCGUUUAAUUCUUAUUUAUAAUAGAAUAGGUAUAUAGUGAUUAUAUUAUUGUGUUAUUAUAAAAAGUUAUUAAUUAUAAUUUUAGUAAUAUGUAUAAUGAUACAGUACUAUAAUAUUAUUAAUUAAGACAAACAAAAAACGUGUCUGUCCAGCAAAUAUUUUAUUUAUAUAAAACUGUAGAAAUCGAUUAGUUUUACAUGGAAUGUUUUCAACAACAAAAAUAUUAUAUAUAUACAAUAUAUUAUAAACGAUACCAUCCCAGCUGUACCUAUAUAUAUAUAUAUGUAUAAUAUCCCUAAACAUCUUCAAUUACUUGAAAAAAACAACAACAACGGAAUGUCGGCUACGUAGAAUAAACUCUGUCAUUUUGAAGGCUGAAAUCGGUUUUAAAAGUACUUACUAGAUAUUUUUAUGGUAUAUUUUUUUCUCGACAGUACCGCUUAAUUACGUUUUUUUUUUAAUAUAUAUAUAUCUACAAAAAUAGCGACUUCGGGAUCUGAAACUGAUUGAAUUCAAUAUAAUAGGUACACGACGAUAUUAUCGUGUCAGGUAUCACGUCAAUAACCGUUUUUCUGGAAAAUGUGAACAUCGUGCAGUUUUCUUCGCUAACGAAUCGAACACCGCGCAGAUGUAUCGUCGGAAAGUAAAACAUCUAAACAUCGCACGGAUGGUGGAAUGGUGUCGACUAUAUUAUUAUACCGUGGUAUACUGAGCCGGUUUGGACCGCGAAACACGACGGGCGCGAACGUGUAAAAGUUAAUAUUUUCGUAUCUACCCGUGACACGGUUAAUAGUAGCCGGCUGUGUCUAACGUGGUAGCCACCGUCGCUAUUCGUAUACGAUCCGUACGCGAUUCUUGCAGCGACGAAUACGGUACGGAUCGUUGUGUUGAUCGGACGCCUCCGGCGGUUCGGGUGGUUUGAGUUGUGAUGAUAAUAUCCGUCUGCGUGAAUCUAACACAGCGUCCAAUAGUAAAGUACCUACUGCUACGCACGCCGAACGAAUCGAUAUUUUUUUCGGGUAAAAUAUCAUCACGUCGACCGCAUACAUCGACAUUAUUAUGAUGGGCGUACGUACGUAUUAUACGCGUGUUUAUGUUAUUUUUCCGAAAACUGUAAUAAAUAAAAUUAUUGUCAUACGGUUUUAUUUUGUGUUUUUUUUUCUAAUCAACGUUUUAAUAAUAAUAAUAUGACAUAAUAAUAUAUUUUAUCGUAUAUUCUCGUCCACACAAGAUUUUCGUUAUCCGAUCGAAAGCGUAUACAAGAACACGAAGUAAAAAAAAACGUUCUACCAUAUACUAUCUGCAGUACGCUCUUCUGUAUAAUACAUUAAUACAUGAUCAUUGGUUAUUAUAUAUUAUAAUAUACGUAAUGAGAUUUCCUUUUUCUUUUAUUUUUUAUAACAUAAUAAAAAUCAUUACCGUGUGUUUAACUUUAAUUGAUAAGACAAAAAAAAAACUCAGAUGUACCAAACGCAUUUAACAUAUACGCCUAUGUGGUAUACAUGUAUAUCCACUUAUGUGUUACCUCGUCUAUAUACUUUGUUUUAGUUUUCCGACUGCUGUUAGAUGUUCGAUUUAUCCGUUUAGAUUAAGUUUGAAAUAUUACUUUAACGUUUAAAAUAUAACUAUUUAUAAAGAUUAUACGCUAUUAUAAUAAUAUAAUACAUACAUCCAAUAUAAUAAUAAUAAUUAAUAAUUAUAUGUUAAAUAAUAUUAUUAUUAUACAUUAUUGCAUAUUUUAAAUCGUAUAUUACUAUUAAGUAUAUAUAUCAUAAAACUGCACGGAUGAUAGUAAAUACAGAAUUUUUUUAAUAUUGUUAAUUUUUUUUUUACAUUAUUAUAACCAAUAUUGUUCUUUGUUUCGGACUUCACGCGUCCGUUUCGGGAAUCCGUUAUAUUACAGUUAAGCUUUAUACAAUAUUUUUUAAAUGUUAUUUCUGUCGUGUUUUUUUUUUCAUAGGUUACGUCAUUAUUUUUACUUAUUUUUUUCUUUUCAAUUCAUGUUACCUAUUUUCAUUAUUCUAUGUAGAAUAUUCAUAAGUGUGUGCAUCGAUGUACGGUUAAUGUGUCCCAGUAAUGGUAGUCAUUUAAUACCGCGUGGACCUGCUUAUACUCAGAGGUCUAUGUCUAUAUAUAAAUAAUGGGUACCUAUCUAUUAUGUAUAGUGGAAGAUAAAUUCGAAAAAACUUUUGAUUUUCACGGGUACAAUGUGAAGUGAAAAUUAAACACUAAAAUAACGAUUCCGCGUAAAAGCUUACGAUAACAUUUCAAAGACCGGUCUAAUUUAUUUCUGAAAUUUUUGGUUUUUACGUCCAGUGGAGACAGGUUCAGCGACUAUAAUAUCAUUGUACAAUGCUUAAAUAGAUAGGUACCUAUUACAUUAUAGAUUUUAAAACAACUUUCAAGUCGCUUAAAUAUGCGCAGUUGAAAAUAUAUAACAUAUUAAUCAUAUAUUAUGUAUAACCUAUAAUCUAUUGCCUAUAUACUUAUUAUCUUUAAUUAUUAUUAUUUUAUAAUUAAUCUAUAUUUCUUUAUUCAUAAUAUUAUCAUAUUUCGUUUACUGUAUUUGCUUGAGUGUAUAUUAAAAAAAAAAGUAUA